GUUCAAACAGCCGUGUAUCCUAAGUAAGUAGAUCGGAUCGGUUCACUAAUCUUCUAAUCUUCUAUGAGUGAUUGAUUCUCGUGAGACCAUUUUCCAAUCUGACCAACAUCAAAAUAGAUACCUUAUUAGCCUCUCCAAGUAAACAUCGUACAGUGGAAAGAACCAAUCUCUCUUAUCCCAUCCGGAGUCCAACACAGUCCUGUCAACCCAGUUCCGUCUUAUAGUCGACUUCCAAAUUUUUGUCAUCCCCUUCAAUUCCCCUCUAGUAAGCUAAUCAACUGGCGAUAUUUGGCUUCAGCCAUGCCUUAUUCUCUGAAAGGUCGUAAUGUUCUAGUGACCGGCGGCGGAAGGGGCUUGGGCGCAGUCAUCGUCGACAAGUUCGCAGCCGAAGGAGCCAAUGUGGCUGUCAAUUAUGUCGCGAGCAAAGACAAAGCCGUCGAGGUCGCCGAGAAAGUCGCAAAAGACUAUGGCGUCAAGGCUAUUGUCCUUCAAGCUGAUAUUGGUGUCAUUGCAGAUUGCCAACAGGUCGUCAAGGAAACCAUCGAACAGCUGGGGGGGAUCGAUAUCAUCGUCAACAAUGCUGGCUGGACUCGCUUUUCCAAUUUUGGCGACCUCAAUGACUUGUCGCACGAUGAAUGGCAAAAGUGUUGGUCAACCAAUGUUAUGUCACAACUCGUCUUGAUGCAGUCUGCUCUCCCAACAUUCAAUGCCAAUCCUGACGGUGGGGUGUUUCUUAUCUCCUCGUCUAUUGCAGGAAUCAGUCUCGGCGGAAGUAGCAUGGGCUACAGCGUCACCAAAGCUGCUGGACUCCACCUCAUGAAAUGUCUUGCUGCUACACAGGGCCCUAAAGUCCGCGUCAAUGCUGUGCUGCCUGGCUUGCUCUUGACCGAAUGGGGCUUGAAAUACUCUGAAGAGAGGAUUGAGGCCAUUAAAAACAUGGCAGCGUUGAAACACGAGACAUUUCUCGACGAUUGUGCAGAUGCUUUUAUUUCUCUAGCCAAGAACUCAUCUCAGACCGGAGUGUCGACUGUUGUCGAUGCUGGUGUGGCUAUCCGAUAGAUGUCGCUUCCACGUUCGCGUCCACCUGAGUGCUUGCCGGAUCCGCAAAUGUGUACAAGAUGUGAGCAUCGACUUUGGCGGCCAUGACAAAGAAAUUCGAUCCAGCUGCUGCACGGGCCGCUGGAGCUUUUGACUUGCCCGCGACAGUCAGGUUAGGGAUGCAUAAUGUACGGAUGCGGGUCGGUUUCUCUGACAUGACAUUGACGAAAAGGGGGUUCUGGCAAUUCAAGACAUUGUGGUUUCGGUGGACAAUUGAGUAGGGAAGCCCGAUAGGGAUGGACGAUACCAACUUCCGUAUAUCUAGGGGAAUCUCAUGCUCCGUGGCAUCUCUUAAAUCGAACAAUUUCAGCGUAUGCUGUUGGCCAUCAAUCGAC